AUGGCAAAGGAAGAGCAAUCCUCGAAACCAUUGUCUCUGAUUACGUCACUUCCCCAAGACGUCAUCGUUGACAUCUUAGCCCGUAUAUCGAGAUUCGACUAUCCAACACUCUCCCUAGUUUGCAAGCACUUCCAGUCAAUAGUAACGUCGCCAGAGAUAUUCACAAGACGAGCCUUGUUGGGACGCACGGAGCACUGUCUCUAUGUUGUUCUAUGUUUGCAGAACCAUACGCGUAUUUAUAUUCUCCGCAAGAACAAAACCAACGGCGAUACCCCUUUGGUCUUGAUCCCGUCGCUUCCUGCUAUGCCUUUGUAUCUAAACUUCGUAGCAGCUGGGUCGAGGAUAUACGCGUUUGCUCGGAAGAGCGAUUACGAAAUGAUGACAUUAAGCAUUGACUGUGGAUCUCACAGCGUGCAACCCUUCCCUAGUAUACCUACACACCUGAAUCUUAUAGUGGCUGGCGUCAUAGAGGGGAGAAUCUACGGAGUUGGAUGUCGCUUUUCGGAGGAGUGGGAGAAGGUGAUGGUGGUGUUCGAUACAAAAACACAAGUGUGGGAGCCUGGGAUGAUAUCAGUAAUGAAGGAGGGCUUUAUGUGUGGUUGUGUGGUGAUGGCUGACAAGAUGUACACGAGGGAUUAUGCUAACAGCUUUGUUUACGAUCCAAAAGAGAAUAAAUGGGAAAAGGACGAGAUGCUGAAUCUUCACAAGUGGGAAAAUGCGUGUGUUGUUGAUGACGUGUUGUACUACUUAGAUUGUAAUGAGAAAGAGUUAAGGGCGUAUGAUGGAAAGCGGAGGUGUUGGCAAGUGGUGAAAGGUUUGGAAGCAUUGUUGCCCGAGACGAGAAGAAGAAAAGAGUGGUCACAGACUGUGAAUUACGAUGGGAAACUGGCUUUGUUUUAUCCUAAAGAAAACUGUGAAAUUUGGUGCGCGGAGAUUUCGCUAGAAACACGUCAAGGAGGGGAGAUUUGGGGUACUGUUGAGUGUUGCCGUCAUCUCGUGACUUCGCAAUCAUGCUUUAUGAAAGCUCUAGAUGUUGUUGUCUGA